AUUUCAGCACGAACGAACAGUGGACAGUGGACUUAAACCGCUGGAUUUGAUUCACCUGAUUAAUGUGACCAUCAAAACUUCUAACAUAUGAUGCUUUACCAACUUGAAAUACACCGUGGUGUGGUCCUUCAAGCUUUAAUAUUCUAUUACCAUCCAAAGAAAUGUCCAUGAAAUCCACAUUAUCCAUAAUCAUUCUCUAAGAAAUCACUUGGCAUCCCUUUCAUCCACAUCCACUGCACUGUAGUCGUUUUGAAUCAUCUUCCAACAAUAAGCCUAGAAGGGCUCUCUCGGGCACCUGCGACUUUUCGCGUGCUUGUCUUAUGCCUAUUGCUACGCUGGACAAAUGCGACAACACGUGCAACUCAACAUUUGACUCUUCGAAUGUAAUUCUAGACUUUUACCGUUUUCAAGAUGCAUAUUAAGAAGAUACCCAAUGUUGAUGCCAUAAGAGGAGGCGAGAAACAAUCAGGCGAACUACAUCUUACAGAACAUCAUAUCAUAUUCGUCUUCCCUAAUAUACUACCUGAUGGUGUCCCGUCCCAACCGAAUGCUCCCAAAGCCCGCGAAUCUUACAUUGCCUACCCCAUUAUCGCCAACUGUAUCUUCCGACCAUGUCCUAGCAUAACGGGCCGACCCUCCGCAAUAAGACUACGAUGUCGUGAUUUCACCUUUAUAAACUUCGGUUUCCACGAUGAAACGCACGCACGAGAGGCUUUCGAGUAUAUUCGAAACCGGACAUGUCGGCUUGGGACAAUAGAAAAGUUAUAUGCCUUCAGCUACCAACCCUUAAAGAUAGAGAAACCAUUCAACGGGUGGAAUUUGUACGACCCGAGAGCCGAGUUUCGAAGGCAAGGUAUUAGUACCAAAUCUGUUGAUAGAGGAUGGAGGAUCUCUCUAAUCAAUAAGGAUUAUACCUUUUCUCCGACAUACCCCGGCAUUCUCGUCGUUCCGUCUAAAAUAUCCGACAAUGUUAUUAAAUACGCCGGCUCCUACCGAUCUAGACAGCGCAUACCCGUCCUUACCUAUCUCCACUCCUUGAAUAAUUGCUCGAUUACAAGAAGCUCUCAGCCCAUGGUAGGGUUUAGAGGGAAUCGCAGCAUACAAGACGAGAAAUUAGUCAGUGCAUGCUUUUCUGCUUCGGCUACUGUUGAGUUUAAUGGAAUAGAUGCUCCCGUGGUAGAAACAGCAGAACCGAGUCCGGCUUCAAGUCAAAUAGAUCUUCGAGGGGAAGGUAUAGAUUCGGAAACUUCGGAUACCGAACAUCUUGAAGAUGAACUUAUUGCUGGGAACGACGAUAGUGUCGAUUCGAAUGACGGCAAGCGAAGGAUAUACGGCGCGCAACAGAGUAAUCUUAUUGUAGAUGCUCGACCGACUAUCAACGCUGUCGUAAUGCAGGCUAUGGGAAAGGGAUCGGAGAAUAUGGAAUAUUAUAAAUUUGCCAAAAAGGCCUACUUGAAUAUCGAGAAUAUUCAUGUUAUGAGAGAGUCUCUAAAUACUGUCAUAGAUGCUCUCAAAGAUGGCGACAUUUCUCGGCUUCCUCCGAAUCGCGAAUUAUUGGCGAAGAGUGGUUGGCUUAAACAUAUUACCGGUAUUCUCGAUGGGUCAGCCCUGAUCGCGCGUCAGGUGGGAAUAAGGCAUUCGCAUGUCUUAAUUCACUGUUCUGACGGAUGGGAUCGCACAAGCCAACUAUCAGCCCUAUCACAGCUGAUGUUGGACCCUUAUUAUCGCACAAUCGAAGGUUUCAUUGUGUUAAUUGAGAAGGACUGGUUAUCAUUUGGACACAUGUUCCAACAACGUUCCGGUCCUCUCAAUCACGAAAAAUGGUUUGUUGUUGAACGGGAUGCCUUGGCCGGUUCGGCGAUACAACCGGGCGAAUCGGAUGGUCGUGCUGGUGAAGCUUUUGAAAACGCCCUUGCCAGUGCGAAGCGCUUUUUCAAGAGUCGCAAUAACGAAAGUAACGCCGAUUCGGAUAACGAUGGCGUCAGCUCGCCGCCCGAUGAACCAUCACAAUCCAAGAAACCAGCUGCUGGCUCUCCAGAGGCUAACGAAGUCACCCGACCAAACGAGAUAUCCCCUGUUUUCCAUCAAUUCCUCGACGCUACCUAUCAACUCCUACGGCAACAUCCUAAUCGCUUUGAGUUUAAUGAACGAUUUUUAAGGCGGCUUCUUUACCACCUCUACGCAGGACAGUAUGGUACAUUCCUAUGGAAUAACGAGAAAGCCCGAAAAGACUCCAAUGCGACUGAAAGGACGAGGUCCGUAUGGGACUAUUUCUUAUCUCGGAAACCCGAAUUCGUUAACCGAGAUUACGAUGCUACGAUCGACGACCGACAAAGUGGUCGAGAGAGACUCCUCUUUCCUAAACUGUCCGAUGUGCGAUGGUGGCACCAGCUUUUCGGAAGGACGGAUGCGGAGAUGAACGAGUAUCUUGACUCAGCUGCGGCGAGAGAUGAGAGGCUAGGGGGAUACGCUUUAAGUGUCCCGACGUCUAUGCCAGGUGCUUUCACUAACCCUCCUAGCAACGGGGAUAGGAGAUCGCCAAGGCCACCAAGCAGUCCCCAACCUGGCUUACCUAUGAGUAAGAGUGUGCUGACUGGUGUAGAGUCAGCGCACGAAGCGUUAACACCUGAGCAAAGGGCAGUUAAUAACCCAGCUAGCCUGAAGCAUAGCGCUAGCGCCGAUACACCUGGUGCUUUCGCGACAAACUUCGCUAAGAUUAGAGACGGAGUCGCCGGUUUAGAUAUCGGGCGGGGGUUCUUCGGUCCUCCUAAUGCUACAAAUAAUCAUGUUAGCAAUAACGAUGCUAGUGCGAGUGGAAGCGGGAGAAAGGGAGAACAGGAACUGGCGGAUAUGUCGACGAGUAGUGAGAAAGGCUCCGUAGAAAUGGGUUGAGACGAUACGGUCUUAAUCACGAUAAUGAUCAUGAGCAUAAGAAGGGACAGCAUGGAUAACUUUGGACAUUGGGCAUUGUAAGAAUUAUUGUUUUAUGCGUUAUGAAAAGAGACACGUCGCCAUUUAGCGACAUUCAACCAUGUAGUGUUGUCCUGCUAGUGAGUCUAGAAGUGGUACCGUGUAGCACAGGAAUGGGGACGGUUAGCAGGUUUUCCGCUCUUGCGCUGCCUUGUCAUGCUUUCUUUAGAUAGGGGGGCCUACGGUGACUCAAUAUUUUCACUGCGAUGUUAGAACCAUAGCGGGAGUCAUUCAACAGAAACCAGAAAUCACAAGAUUUUGCCUAGAAUUUCGAUUAUGC